AUGCGCGGCCUCUGCCAGACAGACUGCGUGGAGCGGCCCCUGACCCGCAGGCUGCGGGCUCUGGGGGGCUUGGUGGGCGCCCACCCGUGGCCCUUCCUGCUGCUGCCCCUGGCGCUCACGGUCGCGCUGGGGGCCGGCUUCUCGCAGCUGGCCCGCCGCAGGUCGAACGACAUCGAGGCGCAGUUCACGCCCCGCAACGGGCCGGCCAAGGUGGAGCGGCGCCUGGUGCGGGAGCGCUUCUCGACGCGCGACUCUGAGCGCUUCUCCGGCCAGAGGCUGACCACCGAGGGCACCUUCGCUUCCUUCGUGGCCGUGUCCGAACACCAAACGAUCCUCAGUCGCGACGCCUUCGCCGAGCUGCUGGCGCUGGACGCGGCCGUGCGUGGCAUCGAAGGGGGCGGACGCACCUACGCCGACAUCUGCGCCCGCAGCCUCGGCUCCUGCGAGAGCCCCAACCCGCUGCUCAGCGCCGUCGCGGGGGAUCCGACGGCCAUCGAGGCCCUGCUGCCCAACCUCACCUUCCCGCUCUGGCAAGGGCGCGUCAUCAUGGGCUUCUACUUGGGGGGCGUCACGGUGGCGCCGGAAGGAGGCAACGAUCUGAGCCACAGCAUCCGAGAGGCCAGAGCCAUGCGCCUCUUUUACCACCUGCAAGAAGAUGACCCCGCGCAGCGAGAGGCCAGCUUGAUAUGGCUAGAGACCUUCCUGCAGCGGAUCCCCCACCUGAUAUCCAAGCUGCGCCUCAAUUACAUGCGGGUGGCCUAUUUUACCUCAGUAUCCAGACAAGAAGAAUUAGAAAAAAACACUGAGAAUGUGAUUCCUUUAUUUGCUGUCACAUAUUUGUUGACAAUAAGCUUUUCAAUUUUAACAUGUGCAAGAUUGGACUGUGUACGAACAAAAGUGUGGGUUGCAGCAUUUGGAGUGCUGUCAUCAGGUUUAGCUGUUGUCAGUAGUUUUGGAUUAUUGCUCUUUUGUGGGGUACCUUUUGUUAUCACAGCUGCAUGUGGACCAUUUCUUACACUUGGGGUUGGUGUUGAUGACAUGUUCAUAAUGGUGGCCUGUUGGCAACAGACAAAAGUCAAGUGGAGUGUUGAGGAUCGGAUGGCUAACACCUACGCAGAUGCAGCUGUGUCUAUUACCAUCACAACUCUUACUGACGUUUUAGCCUUCUACAUUGGCAUUGCGACAUCCUUCCCAUCGAUUCAGUCAUUUUGCAUCUACUUAGGAACAGCCUUCAUUUUCUGCUACAUUUACAACUUGACAUUUUUUGGAGCAGUCCUUGCUCUGAAUGGUAGAAGAGAAGAAAGCAACAAACAUUGGCUCACGUUCAUGAAAGUGCCAGACGAAGCUCAGCAUAGCUGUUUGUACAACUUCUGCUGUGUGGGAGGAUAUUAUGAUACAGACACUGGAAGAGAGCUUGAGCUUCCCAUUAAUAUAUUUUUUAGAAAAUAUUUCGGUCCUUUUCUUAUGCUUAAGUGGAGCAAAGUAGCUGUAGUAGCCAUGUACAUCGUAUAUGUGUGUAGUAGUAUUUAUGGGUGCACCCAAGUUAAUGAAGGUAUAGAUCUUCGAGAUCUGGUCCGGGAUCGUUCUUAUGUUAUUCAGUAUUAUGAUUUUGAAGAAACAUUCUUUAAAGAUUACGGUCCAAGAAUUAUGGCCAUUGUUACUGAAAGCAUACCAUACUGGAAUUCAACUGUUCGUGCAGAACUUGAGCGCUGCAUGCAGGUGCUAGAAAAUACAUCCUACGUGGACAAGAAAUUUUCAGAGUCAUGGCUGAGAAUGUAUGAAGCGGUUGCUGGAAGAAUGUCUCUAGAUAUAGGUGACCGUCAUUCUUUCAUUGGUAAUUUAUCUAUCUUGUUCAGACUAAAUCCUCAGUCUCAAUGGGAUGUUAAUUUUACUGAUUUGGAAAUAUCAGCUUCACGUUUUUUCAUACAGACAGUCAGCAUUACUACUUCAGUGAGAGAGCGGAAACUUUUAAAGCAGCUGAGAACCAGUGCAGCAAAAUGUGAUUUACCACUAAUAGUGUUCCAUCCAGCUUUUAUAUUCUAUGAUCAUUUAAUUGUAAUAGCACAAAGCACCAUUCAAAACGUUAUAAUUGCUACUGGAGCUAUGUUAAUUAUUUCCUUGCUGCUGAUUCCCAAUCCUUUGUGCUCACUGUGGGUAACAUUCGCUAUUGCAUCUGUUAUUAUUGGUGUGACUGGUUUUAUGACCUACUGGAAUGUCAAUCUUGAUUCCAUAUCCAUGAUCAACCUCAUCAUGUGCAUAGGGUUUUCAGUUGAUUGCUCUGCUCAUAUUUCUUAUGCCUUUGUUAGCAGCAAGAAAGGCAGCCUGAAUGACAAGGCAGUGGAUUCACUAUACCGCCUUGGUUACCCCAUGAUACAGGGAUCUAUUUCCACUGUUAUAGGGGUGCUGGUGCUCUCCUUGACAGACACCUACAUUUUCAAAGCAUUUUUUAAGAUUAUAUUUCUGGUUAUUUUAUUUGGAACUCUUCAUGGACUCUUUUUCAUUCCUGUGUUUUUAACCUUCUUUGGCUUUUGUGGAAGAAUGUCAACCAUACCGCACCGAAUUGAGAGCCAGUUAAAUGAAAAUCCAGCCAGCACUGAACCAGACGUUACACAACUGCCUGCUAUAAACACCUAG